AUGCUUGAUGUUUCGUUUUUUAUCGCAGAAAUUAUUAUCGGAUAUUGGAUUAAAUCCUUAGCAAUAAUAGCUGAUUCAUUUCAUAUGUUAAAUGAUAUUUUAAGUUUAGUAGUCGCAUUGUACGCUUUGAAGCUUGCUUCCAAAACAAACUUUUCCUCAAAAUAUUCAUAUGGUUGGCAACGGGCUGAAGUUUUAGGUGCUCUCAUAAAUGGAGUAUUUUUAAUGGCUUUAUGUUUUAGUAUUUUAAUUGAAGCAAUCGAAAGAUUAUUCGACGUACCAGAAAUUAAAAGGCCAGAAAUCAUAUUUGGAGUUGGAUGCGCAGGAUUAUUUUCGAAUAUAAUUGGAUUAUUAUUAUUUCAUGUCAUAGCUGCGCAAGAAACGGCUUUAGAAACGGAAUUAUCUGAUGAAUGUUUAUCAUCAAAUGACGACAACACAAUUAAGUCACAAACUCCUUCAAAACCCGAAAACGCACAAUAUGGUGCAUUAAGCAAGCAAAAUCUUUCUGAAUCACGAACUAGUACAAGCGAUCAAUCGCAUGAUCAUCAGCAUGAUCAACGCGAAAAAGGUCACAGUCAUGGAAAUAAAAGUCUUAAUAUGCAAGGAGUCUUUCUUCAUGUGUUGGGUGAUGCUUUAGGUAAUAUUGGGGUUAUUGGCACUGGUUUAUUCAUAUAUUUAACUAAUUUCUCAUGGAGAUUUUACGCGGAUCCUAUUGUCAGUUUAAUACUCACGGUUAUUAUUUUCUCAUCCGCGGUGCCUUUGGUAAAAAGCGCGUCAUUUAUCCUUUUGCAAGGAGUUCCCGCGGGAAUACCGAUCGAAGAUGUACGAUCAGAAAUUAAAAAGUUAACUGGAGUUUUAUCCGUUCAUGAAUUACAUAUAUGGCAACUUUCGGAUACAAAACGAAUCGGUUCGGUUCACGUGUUAUUAACACCAUCAGCCGAUUACAUGGAGAUAGCGGGUAAUAUAAGAAAAUUACUUCAUGCUCAUGGAAUUCAUUCAUCAACAAUACAACCGGAAUACGUAAAGGUUGGAUUAAAUGGAAAUGAUAGCGGUGAAACAAUCAUGGUGGUUGAAAAUUCAGAUAAAGUGCAAUUGGUCGCGAAUGAAGGUGAUCAUGAAACAGCCUGCCUACUCCGCUGUAACUUGGAUGAUACUUGUGCCAAAAAUUCAUGCUGUCCACCAACCAAACAGCCAUCAAAAGAAGCGAAAUAA